CAAUAUGGCGGACACUUGCUGAAGUCUCUGGUCGUAUUGUCGUCUGUUACUCUUUCUGCUGCCUUUCGACAUACCUGGCAAUAAGCUAACGAUGGAAAGACAACCUCUUGCGUUAGCUAAGCUGCCUCCGAUAGAAGGUAGACAACAGAACCUGCUGUCCCAUCAUGGCGAUGUCCAAAAAUUUGAAGGUUUGACUGGACCAAGCUAUCUCCUUCAGAGUAACAAGUACCAGUUACCACCUCCACGGGCAUUAAAGCCCUAUGUGGACACCAGAGCUGGUGAAUUAGACACUUGGCCGGCACAUGCUAGUGGUAAUGCUACUUCGUCAAAAGCAGUGGUAUUAACAAAAAAUAAGAACCUGGUGGUGAUAAGUGAUGAAGAAUUGGGCAAGCCUCAGAUGGUUCCCAAACCAAGGUUCCUUGAGCAGCUGGAAACAUUUUUGAAAAAAGAGUUACGGGCUUUGGGAGUGACAAAUGUGGAGGCCAAUGAACUCCGAUUACAGGCACACAGAGAGGCAUUUGAAUAUUUAAUCGAGGAUUUCAAAACCUACAAACCACUUCUGGCAGCAAUAAAGAAUGAGUAUGAAAUGAUGCUGGCAAGUCAACGCCAACAUAUCCGAGAACUGGAACCCCUGAAGCAAAUGUUAGUGACAGUGUCAGAGCAGUGUGACCAGAAAAUAAUGGCUUUGCAUGAGGAAGAAAAACAAGAAGUGAAAGAUUUGCGCGCUGAAAACAAAUCCCUGUAUCGAAAAAUUGAAGAGAUGAGGAACCAACAGAAGGAUUUGGAGGAGCAGGUGUCAAAGCUACAUAAUGAACUAGCAGCAGAGUACCAGCGGUACCGAGACGAGUGUGAUGCACGUAAACUGCUGGUGGCUGAUAUCAAUGAUCUCCGGUACCAGCAGGAAGAUUAUCAGAUGUCCAAGAAAAACCUACAGCAGUUAGAAGAGGAGCAUGAGGAUCCAUUAACACUGAAAAUAGCACUCAGGAAAGCUCGUGAAGAUGAGAAAGCAGCAACUCAGAGAUUAAAUGAGAUGGUUGCAGAUUAUGGAGAUGUGAUACCCAGAAGAGACUUUGAGGCUUUAGAAUCUAAAUAUAAUAAACUGGUUGAGGAACAGGAGACAUCUCUGGACGACUUCAGAAAACUCCAAGCUGAACACAAUGCUUUGUUAGAUGUCAACAAACAGAUUGUCCAGCAGAGAGAUGAGUUCUAUGUGGAAAGUGAAAAACUUCGAAGGAAUGCAACCCCAAGGCCUGACUGGGACAGGUGUGCUGACUAUGUGCAAGGUGGUGUGAUGAGGUGGAAGGAAUUAUCUGAGGGCAAAACUAGUAAUGAGUUGGUAGACGUCCUGCUCCAAGAGAUGGCUUCAGGGGGUGUGGGCGAUGGGGGCGGAGCUGAAUACUUUGAUGGACAGGGUACAGGACCUGAAGUACCUCCCUACCUGCGUUGUGAAGGUCACGUUAGAAAUCGGCGACUUGGAAAGAGAGACUGCGCACUUCUUAUCAAAGAUAUUUGGAGAGAAAAGUCUGCACAGGAUGCUGAGAGUCCUGAUGGGAAGAGAUCAAGCCUGGCUGAGUUCUUAUACACAUACCUGACGAGGAAGUUUGGCUUGGAGCAGAUGGUUGUGGAAUGGGGCUACAACCUUCACGAUGCUCUUCAGCGCUACUCUCAUGAUGAAAGCCUGGGGCUCUUCUGGGGAGUUCUCACUGGGGAGGUAGAUGAGGAGGUUUAUCACAGCCAAUUGCAGAUCAUGGCAAACCUUGUCAAUCACCUCACCAAGGUGGAUGUGGAAAAGGGAAAUCCUGGGAAGCUGAGCAGAGAGGAGUUUCAACAGGUCCUCAAAGAGUUCUUCCCUCAGAUACCCGAGGACAGACUCACCAGGCUGAUGAAAGCUGUAGACAUUGAGCUCGAAACAAAAGAGGCAGAUGAGCUGGAGUAUAAAAAUCUUUUUAUGGAGGAUGAUGAGGGGAAAACAGGCCCCUUCCUGGAAGAGGUGAAGAAAUACACCGACGACCAAAAAGAAGAAUAUGUGGACAACAUUAUAAGUGCUUUGGGAGAUGUCACCUCUGUGUCCGUUGAUGACCUGAAAAAAGCCAUAGCUACGACAGAUCCAGAAAUUGACCAGAGAAACAUGGAUAAAUACAUACUAUGGACAUUUAAAUGUGAACCUGACAAACUGGGAUCGGCAGAGCCUUUGAAAAUCUCUGUGGUAAAGGAAAGAUUGAAGAAGGGAGACCUCCACAGAAUAGGCAAAAGAGCAUAAUCAGGCAGUUCAUUAUUUUAAAAGCAACCUGUGAUUCUUUUUAUGUUUAAGUUAACUAUAUUGUAAUGUAUUUGAAAUAUUAUUUGUCUUUUGAAGAGAAUGACUUAUAACCCCACACAAUUUGUUUUGUGUAUUAGCAGCAGAUAGAUUUCUCUCUCUUCUUCCCAUCACAGAAUUCCUUCAUGUACAUGCUGCACUUCAUGUGGUAUAACUGAUUUCUUCAUGACAAUAGCAAUCUCUUAU